CUUCCGCAAGACACAAUGAAUUCAGUUGAGGAGAAAACUGUGUUUAUGUGUGCGUUAGAUGGAGAUGUAGAGGGAAUUAAGAGUCUCCUGGAAAAUGUGACUCCCUCGGAUAAUGGCCUAUCGCCGAAUAUUUUCCAUGAAAAAGAUGAGGUGGGGAGAAAUGCGCUGUUAACAGCGUGCAUGUUAGGACGAAGCGGGAUCGUGCGCGAGCUUGUAAAGAGCGGAGCUGAAGUCAAUGAGCUCACCGUGCGCGGCUACACACCAUUGCAUUGUUCUGCCAUGUGGGGUCAGCUGGACACUUUGAAAACAUUGGUUGAGCUUAAAGCUGAUUUACAUUCUGUAAAUUUUCGUGGAGAAAGGCCAGUUGAUAUGGCCCAACGUUAUGACAAACUGGAUUGCGCAGAAUACCUCGCAUGGGCUGAGGCUAAACAAAGUCUGCAAGCAUUAAUAUCUGAAGUCAGUGACACUAUCGCUGAUCCAGAGAAAGUUCAAGGAAAGCUCAAUAAGGAGGACAAGAACAUAUGUAUAAACACCUGUUCAGCAAAAUCAGACUGGAUACAAAAUGCCAAAAAUCCAACAAUGCAAGACUUCAUUGAACAGAAGAAACACCUUGAUGAUGUAUUUGCACCUAUUCUGGUCAAACUCAACACACAGUCUGAAGCCACAGCAAAGCCAAGAAAGCAUUAGAACUAUUUUUUUUAUUUACACACACACACACACACACACACACACACACACACACAAACAAAUGCCCAAAGGCAUAUUGUUGUUCAAUUGUAAUACUUAUAUUACAUAUUAUUUAAGGAUAAUUAUUUUCCCUUUUACACAUAGAUACCAAUACUGUUUAGUCUAACAUCAGAUGGUUGGGUCAUUCCUACAAUUCUUUACCAGGACAGUUUGUUGUAUUUAGAAUUUUACUUUCAUCUGAUAGGCUAAGUAAAAAUAAUAAAGUCAAUGUAUCAUGUUACAACACACUGUUGAAAUAGUUUUGUCCCCUGCACGCCAAUCAUCUUUGACAAAAAUAAGUACUAAAAUAAUUUUCCCAUUCAAGUGUUGAGUAUUAUAUUCUUUCACUAACAUGUAUUGAUUUGUGUAAAAUGUGUCAAUUUAAUAUCGAAAGAGGAAUUUUUGUAUGUGAGUGUGUCCCUUAAUUUAUUGUCCACACUGUUAUGUCUUGAUAUUGUGACCUUUAAUUGAAGACAUAUGAAAUUACAUCACACACAUGAAGGUGAUAUCAGCUUUCAGGAAAAAUUAUUUUGAGUUGUUUUAUUAGUACAUAACUCUAUUGUUUUUUAUGUUUUCUUUUAUUUUGUGAUGUUAGUCAUAUGUGGUCAAGCAUGACACAUCCACUCUGUUAAAGGAAGAUAUAGGGACAAAUUUGAAUUUCAAUAUAUUUAUGUGAACAGAAAUAAAAUAAUCAAUAUAAAUCUACUAAUAUGUUUGCUAGAUAUAUCAUUUACAGACCAUGUAGUGGCUAAUUUAUUCACUGACUGUACACCCUGUUAUUGUCCAUCCUAAUGCUAAAUUCCAUAAUGCUAUCACCAAAAUGGUGCAUAUAUAUAUAUAUAUGUAUGUAUAUGUAUAUAUGUAUAUGUAUAUAUAUAUAUUAUUUCAUAUUAUUAUUGUUAUUAUUACAUUUACAUAUUAGUCAGUUUAGUGAUCUUGUGAUGCACUUAAUGAACACUAGGUGGAGACAAACGACUUCUUUUCGUGUUCUGCCUUAAAACAAAUAAUUUUUUUGCAAUUGAUGAUGAAGCUAACGGGGUCAUAUCGACAAAAUAUG